UUUCAGCGCGGCUCGCCAUCCACCCUUCCUGUCUCCCCCUCCACCAUUGGCUGGCUCUCCCCGCUGCUGCCCCCUCACUCAUCCCUCACAGCCCCAUGUAUUCCCUCUGCCAUGACAGGAUUGUGAGUGAAACGUGAAAUGUAAAGCCGCCACACCAGGCCCACGUGAGUCAGGCGGAGAGCGGGCCUCGCCAGGUGCGCCGCGGCCCUACCUGAGCCUCGCCGCCCAAGUGAUGAGCUGACUGCCUCGCCUCCUCCUGCACUCACUCCAAGAUGGCCGAUCAUGGUCAUGUAUAUAUUCAGGAACAUCUUGGGGAAGGGUCUGCCAAUCAUCCAGGAGUUGACACACAAGUAUGGGCUGCCCCCGGAGUUGGGGGACGCCACCCUGGGCCAGCGCCUGGAGGACCUGCGGGAACACAUCAGGAAGGAGAUCAGGAAGGAGCUCAAGAUCAAGGAGGGGGCGGAGAACCUCAGACGUGUUACUACCGACCGGCGAGCUCUUCAAGAUGUGAGUCAUAUGGUGAAAGAGGCAAACAGCAAAUUGUCAGCGCUGAAACAAGAACUUCAAGAGGUCGACUCACAAAUACUACUGACGCAGGGACAAGCUGGGGCGCCUCUCGACCACCACGCCUUCACCACUAAUAUCCUCGGUCUGUACCACAAAGCAAGACUGAAAGGUAGAGGGAAGAAAGACCCCCCGCUGUCCCCCAUGGCCACCGACGCGCAAGACAAGUCCCUGGAGCCCAUCUCGAUAUCCUGUGACCAGCGCCUCCUCUCCCUCGAACGACAGCUGGAGAUAGAGCAAAAGGUGAAGGCCGGGGCGGAGAACAUGAUCCAGAUGUACAGCACGGGACCGAUGAGGGACAAGAAGCUGCUGGCCGAGGCUCAACAGAUGCUGGCUGACUCCAAGCUGAAGAUUGAGUACAUUAAGAUGAGGCGGAUGAAGGCCAAACAGCACCAGACGGAGAAUGGACUGGAUGCCGAGGGUGACGCAGCAAACAAGUACAACCUGGAGACGCCUGUGGAUGUGCGGAUUGAGGAGCUGAUCCACCGCCUGCAUGUGGAGUGCCGGUGCAUGGAGGGGGCCAAGAAUGCUGUCCGGAUGCUGCAGGCGAACAAAAUGGCAGCUGAUAAGAAGUACUUGCAGGAGGCGCAGCAGCGGCUGGACGAGAGCAGUCAUAAGCUGGACCUCAUCCGCCUCUCCCUGGAGCGGCUCCGGGGGGACCUGCCCCCUGGCUCCCUCACGGCGGGACAGGUUAAACGUGAGCUGGAGAACUCCCUCUCUGCCUCACCAUCCCCCGCCAACUAUACCAGUCUGUAUGAUAAGGAAAAUUACCCCUCACGUCGCUCCCAAGCCCUACACAGCAAGGGGGCAGCUGUGACAGGCAAGCUAGAAGUAAGACUCAUUGGGGUGCAGGAUCUUCUGGAGGACGUCCCCGGUAGGUCCCGUCGAGACUCCCACUCGGGCCCCUCCGACCUGAAGGCAUUCAUGAAGGGCGUCACGGGGAAGUCCUCCAAGUCCUACUCUGUUAAGGAUGAGAUUUCAAAUGAUGUGAUGGCAGUUCUUAAGCUGGACAACAACAAGGUGGUGGGGCAGACCAGCUGGAAGCCCUGCUCUCAAUCAGCCUGGGACCAGAGGUUUAGCAUUGACCUGGACAAGUCUCGGGACCUUGAGAUCGACAUAUACUGGAGGGACUGGCGGUCGCUGUGUGCCGUCAAGUUUCUGCGUCUGGAAGAGUUCAUUGACGAUGUGAGGCACGGCAUGGCUCUGCAGCUCGAACCCAAGGGCCUGCUGUUUGCUGAGAUCAAAUUCCUGAACCCGAUGAUAUCCCGGAAGCCAAAGUUACAGCGUCAGAAGAAGUUAUUCAAGCAGAAGGGGAAGAUGCUGCGGCCUGACCAGAUGAACAUUAACGUGGCUGCCUGGGGGAGACUCCUCAAGAACAGCCACGACCCCCCACACCACAGCUCCCUUUCUGCCUCCUCCUCCCUGCCCCUCGUACCCCCGUCAGCCUCCUCCGCCACCCCUAUCACCCCUGGUCCGAGAGCAGUGCCAACCCGCCUGGACUUUGAAUCCGAGAAGACUCCGGGCGAGGAGUGUGUGUGCCGCCCACUGGCCAUGCCCGAGGUGCCUCCCUACCCCCCCUCUGCCCCUCCACUCAUAGACACCCCCACCUCUGUACCACCACCCCCUUCCAUCACCCAUGGCACCCCACACCACCACCACCACCACCACAACACUGCAUAUGCUCCUUACCUCCCACCCACCUCCAUUACGGCACUACCACCUUCCUCCACCUCCUCCUCCUCCACUACCUCCACCUCAGCCUCCACCCCCCCUGCCCUCCACAGUGUGUACCCUGCCCCCCAGAGCCCCACCAUCCACCCUGCACACUCCAUUACUGUUCAGGUAGCGAAGAGGCCCACCUCCACCCCGCCCCCUCCACCACCACGCCCUCACUCCGGCACCGUCACCAUCACUGUUCCCGCGUCACCAGUGGAGCCUGACAUCAAGAACGCGCUCAAUGAAUUCAACUUCCUUCACGAGAGGGAGGUACUGGAACGGCAGGAGGCAGAGGAGGAGGAGGAGGAGGGGGAGGAGGAGGAGCGAGGACCCGACCAAGGGGGAGUGGUGGGGGGCGGCGGACAGCAGGUUAGUAUCGAAGAGGUGGUGGAGGAGGAGGAGGAAGACUUAGAGAGAACACAAGCUAAUGUAGUAAACGAGGACAACAGACUCCACCACCCUCACUACCACCACCACCACCCACACCACCACCACCAUCACCACCACCACCACCGCUCCACCCAGCCCCACGCCACCUCGUCCUCCCCACCCACCUAUUAUGUUCAUCUGCCAGAGGAUCAGGUCGGCAGUGGCGGCGGCAGCAGAACAGACACAGUGGAGGUGGAAGAAGUCAGACCGAGGAAGCUGCCACUGUCCAGAUUCGAUCGUGAUAGAGACUCCGCCUAUGACACGUUCCGGCCGCCAGCGUACGGAGCGAUGGGGAUGGAGCAGUUCCGCCUCAUCUCCGUGCUGGGGCGGGGGCACUUCGGCAAGGUGAUCCUGGGGCAGUACAAGAACACAGCUGAGUACUUUGCUAUCAAGGCGCUCAAGAAAGGGGACAUCAUUGCCAGGGACGAGGUGGAGAGCUUGCUGGCGGAGAAGAGGAUAUUUGAAGUGGCUAACUCUGUGCGCCAUCCCUUCCUGGUGAACCUCUUCGCCUGCUACCAGACUGAGACACACGUAUGCUUCGUCAUGGAGUACGCAGCGGGCGGCGACCUAAUGAUGCACAUCCAUGCCGACGUAUUUGAUGAACCUCGCGCCGUUUUCUACGCUGCUUGUGUCGUCCUGGGCCUGCAGUACCUCCACGACAACCGCAUCAUCUACCGUGACCUCAAACUUGACAACCUUCUGCUCGACACGGAAGGAUACGUCAAGAUUGCUGACUUCGGCCUCUGCAAGGAAGGAAUGGGUUACGGCGACAGGACUGGGACUUUCUGUGGCACGCCUGAGUUCCUAGCGCCGGAGGUCCUCACUGAGACGUCCUACACUCGGGCCGUGGAUUGGUGGGGACUUGGCGUGCUCAUCUUUGAAAUGCUGGUCGGGGAGUCACCGUUCCCUGGCGAUGACGAGGAGGAAGUGUUUGACAGCAUAGUGAACGAUGAGGUGAGGUACCCACGCUUCCUGUCCAUCGAGGCUGUGGCCAUCAUGAGGAAGCUGCUGCGGAAACACCCCGACCGCCGCCUGGGUGCCAGCGAGAAGGAUGCGGAGGAUGUGAAGAAACAGCAAUUCUUCCGCAGUGUGUGUUGGGACGACCUCCUCCAGCGCAAGGUUAAACCGCCCUUCGUCCCCACUGUGACUUCCCCGGAGGACGUGAGCAACUUUGACGAGGAGUUCACCCUGGAGAAGCCCGCCCUGACGCCGCCAAAGGACCCGCGCCACCUCAACGAGUCCGACCAGACACUGUUCAAGGACUUCAACUACAUGGCUGACUGGUGCUGAGCGGCAUGACGCCCCGAGACACACUCAGCGAGGGCCCCCCGCCCCCCCAUGCUGCCUGCACGCGUCCCAGCAGCCCGCCGCCACUCCCCGGCCGGCCUGCUUUGUUUGCUCACCCGCGGAAGGCUGGAGUCGGCAGCCUGCGCGGUGACGGCGACGGCGGUGGUGACGGCGAUGGUGAUAGACCGCCCGCCCCCCGUCCCCCCGCGCCCCGCCCCGGCCGCCGCCCCGCUGCCCUGCUGUGCGGCGCCCUGCAUCUCAGCACCAAGUCAGCGAUGGCUACCAUGACCACUACAACAACAACAACAACAACAACAUCAACAUUAACAAUUAUAACAUCAACAACAGGAACCACCGACAUCAAUGCCUCUAAUUUCUCUUCGCUGUGUUUAUAUAUAUGUAUGUACACGUAUAUAUAUAUAUUAGCAUUUUUAUUGUUUAGCUAUGAGUUACCUUUUUUUAUUUGUCAGUGUUCUUGUUGUUCACCCAGACGUCUUAUCAGUGCUGGGAUAACUCUCUCUCACUCACUCACUCACUCACUUCCUCUCUCUUUAUCUCUUCCCUUUUUUUUCCACAAUUUUUAUUGUUUUCACCAUUUUUCGUUCUUUUCUUUUAGUUUUUUCAUCUUGAUUUUUUCCUAACCCAGCCGACACUAACGCUUGUGGCUGUCUGUCUCUCCCUCUCCCUCUCCAGCCCUCUAUCUAUCUCUCUCCUUUUCUCUCUCUCUCUCUCUCUCUCUCUCUCAGCUGUGGUAGUAACCGUCCGCCCGUCCAAAUCACACAGCCUUUCAUUGUGAUAGCCGUGGCCUUCCCAGUGCUAAACCUCCCUGUGUCUAGAAGGACGCCACAACAACAACAACAACAACUACAACAACAACAACUACAACUGAUGUGAUGAAUUAACGAACUGUCACCUCAAUGGAACACAAUCCUGCACCCUGCCCUCCUCCUCCUCCUCCUCCUCCUCCCUGUCUAUCUGUCCUUACCUUUAUCCCAUACCUCCUCUCUCUCUCUCUCUUUUUCUCUCCACUUUUUUCUUUCAUUUCUCUCUCUCUCUCUCUCUAUUCAUUUGUUCCUCCUACAUAUCUCUUUCUAUCUCUCUUCUGUCCUUUUCUAUUAUUUUUCUUCUAUAUUUCUCUAUCUAGUGUUUCCCUCAAUUAAUAAUACUCAGCCACCCCUCCUCUCUCUCUCUCUCUCUCUCUCUCUCUCUCUCUCUCUCUCUCUCUCUCUCUCUCUCUCUCUCUCUCUCUCUCUCUCUCUGACCUCUCUCCUCCCCCCACUCAUUCCCAUCCCACCCCAGAAGCCUGUAUAGAAGUUAUAAAGAGGCAGCUAUGAUAAACACUCACACUCACACACACACACACACACACACACACACACACACACACACACACACACACACACACACACACACACACACACACACACACAUACAC